AUAUGGAAGGAAAGUGUCCACCUAUGCUGCAUAGAUCAGCAAAUCUGGCAAUCUUCCUUUCUGGAAGCGCCUUCAUCUUCAUGGUUGUAUCGAUGCCAGUGCUAUUCACUGUCAUGAACAAUAUCGAAGAGGAACUGAUGGAGUCUCGCGUGACCUACGAGGAAAUGUCCAAUCUGAUGUGGAAGGACCUUCAAAGCGAAGCACAGGACGCCCGCAGAUCUCCGCGCCAAGCAUCAUAUAACGCUGGUACAGCACCCUUACAACCAUCUGGAGGCAAUACAGGAGCUGCUGAUGUUAGUGGAGUAGGUCAUCAAGCUGGGAGUACUUCACAAGGCGGCCAUGGACAAUCAUGCCCAGCCGGUCCAAAAGGGGCACCUGGGGCUAAAGGAAUACCAGGGCAAAACGGUUUGGAUGGGAAACCUGGAAGACCCGGUUCUUCUGGAAAUGCCGCAGAUGCGUACUCCGAGGGUGGUUGUCCACCAUGUCCCGCUGGACCUCCUGGUCUGCCAGGAUACAAAGGAAUGCGAGGUCCAAGAGGGCCUAAGGCAAGCAUUCAAUGGCUUACAAUUACA